AGCACUUCUCUGUGAGAAACCAGAGCGCUCUUUCACGAGCCUUCUGCUUUUCUACCCCUCUGCCAUUUUACAGUUAAAAGAGGCGGCAGCUGGGGGCCGCGUAAAACCGUGUGCCCCGUCUCUCGCUGUCAGGGCGGCAGGGGAAAAGCCCUCAGCCCUUCCACCGCCUCCUCAGCGCCAUCUUUCCCCCUCGGCCCCGUUAACGGCCGGCGGGAGGAGCCCGAGGCGCCGCCCCGGGCCUGGCGCAGACGUGCCCGGGCGGCCCCGCUCCGUGGAACCACUCCGUCCCCCCGCCGGCCAUGGGCCGCGCCGCCAUCUUCUUGGUGCCGGUGCUGCUGGCGGCGGCGUGGGGCGGCCCCGAGGUGCGCAGCCUGCGGGGCAGCUGGCGGCUGGGCAACGGCAACGGCUCGGUGCGGCUCCCGGGGGAGGUGCCGGGCUGCGUGCACACCGCCCUGCACCGCCGGGGCCUCAUCCAGGAUCCAUAUUAUAGAUUUAAUGAUGUGAUGUACAGGUGGAUCUCUCUGGAUAACUGGACUUACAGCAGGACGUUCAAAACUCCUUUUGACGUCAGAAAGUGGCAGAAAAUUAAUUUGGUUUUUGAAGGAGUAGAUACAGUAGCACACAUCUUGAUCAACAAUGUCACUCUUGGGACAACAGAGAACAUGUUCAACAGAUACAGCUUUGAUAUUACCAGCGUGAUCAAGGAGGUCAAUUUUGUUGAAGUCCGUUUCUUAUCAGCAAUUUCAUACGCUGCAGAGCAGAGCAGAUGUCACACAGCAUACAGCAUUCCCCCGGCGUGCCCUCCACCUGUGCAGAAAGGAGAGUGCCAUGCCAAUUUCAUCAGAAAGGAGCAGUGUUCAUUUAGUUGGGACUGGGGCCCUUCUUUUCCCACUCAAGGCAUCUGGAAAGAUGUUAGGAUUGAGGCCUAUAACUAUUAUCACCUGAUUUACUUUUCUUUAACUCCUUUCUUUGUAAAGAGCACUCAGCAGUGGAGUCUUGAAAUCGAGUCCAUCUUUGAUGUAGUCAGCUCCAAGCCAAUUGCAGGUCUUGUGACUGUGAACAUUCCCAAACUGCAAACACAGCAAACAUACAAUGUGAAGCUUCAACCUGGAGAAGGCAGCAUUGUGCUGCUUGUAAACAUCAACAAGAGUUCUACAGUGGAAGCUUGGUGGCCGAAUGGACAUGGAAGCCAAACUGGAUAUAACGUGACAACAACUUUCAUCAUGGAGGCAGGAUACCAGGUUGAGAAAUUUUCAAAGGCAUAUUUUCGGACAGUAGAACUUGUUCAGGAGCCUAUUCCUGGGUCACCAGGUCUGAGUUUCUACUUCAGAAUCAAUGGCCGACCCAUUUUCAUCAAGGGCUCAAAUUGGAUUCCAGCAGAUUCUUUCCAGGACAGAGUGACCUAUGACAAAUUAUGGCUACUCUUGAAGUCUGCAGCAGAUGCUAACAUGAAUGCACUUCGGGUUUGGGGAGGAGGAGUAUACGAGCAAGAUGAUUUUUAUGAUAUUUGCGAUGAACUAGGAAUAAUGAUUUGGCAGGAUUUUAUGUUUGCAUGUGCGCUGUAUCCAACUGACCAGAACUACUUGGAAUCAGUAAGAGCAGAAGUUUCUCAUCAGGUAAGGCGGUUAAAAUCCCAUCCAUCAAUUAUUCUGUGGAGUGGUAACAAUGAAAAUGAAGCAGCAAUUGCAAGUGACUGGUUCUCCAUACCACGUGCUGACAGAGAAGUCUAUAUCAAAGAUUACGUGCUGCUGUAUGUGAAGAACAUCCGAGAAAUAGUUCUUGCUGUAGAUAAGAGCCGUCCUUUUGUUGCAUCCAGUCCUACCAAUGGCGUGGAGUCAGUUAAAGAAGGCUGGCUCUCCCAGAAUCCUUAUGAUACCCAUUAUGGUGACACACACUUUUACGACUACAGCAGUGACUGCUGGAACUGGACAGUGUAUCCUAAAACUCGUUUUGCUUCAGAAUAUGGAUUUCAAUCCUGGCCAUCCUUCAGUACACUGGAAAAGGUUUCCUCCACUGAGGACUGGUCCUACACAAGCAAUUUUUCUCUCCAUCGACAGCACCAUGAAAAUGGCAAUGACCAGAUGCUUCAACAGACUGGAUAUCAUUUCAAGCUUCCCCAGACCACAGAUCCCAUAAAAAAGUUCAAAGAUACGAUCUAUCUCACUCAGGUGAUGCAGGCUCAGUGUAUAAAGACAGAAACUGAAUUCUAUCGUUCUAGUCAAAGUGAAAUAAUCAACGGAGAAGGUCACACAAUGGGUGCUCUGUAUUGGCAACUCAAUGACAUCUGGCAAGCACCUUCGUGGGCUUCCUUGGAGUAUGGUGGUAAGUGGAAACUGCUCCAUUAUUUUGCCCAGCACUUCUUUGCCCCACUGCUGCCUGUGGCCUAUGAAGACAAAGGUGUGUUGUACAUCUACGGUGUCUCAGAUCUUCACGUGGACCACAAGCUGACUCUGAAGGUCACUGUGCACUCAUGGAGUUCUCUGGAGCCGGUAUGCACCCUUGCCAAAGACGGCAUGACUGUUAAAGCACAAAGUGCUGUCCCCAUCUACAAGGAGUCCAUGAACGACUUGCUGGAAAGAUGCAGAAAUUGCACCAGGAAAAGCUGUGUUGUUACUUUUUAUCUUGUGGGAGAAGGUGGGCUCCGGAGUCCCACAAAUCAUCACUUCCUUUCAUCCCUGAAGGAUGCUGUCGGAUUGGAAAAGGCACGACUUAGUGCUGCUGUAUCCCAACAAGAUGACAUUUAUGUAUUUGAUCUCCAGACCACUGCAAUUGCUCCUUUUGUGACUCUGGAUGUAGGGAGUAUAAAAGGCAGAUUUAGUGACAACGGUUUCCUCAUGAUUGAAAAGAAGAAAGUGGUUGUGUUUUAUCCUUGGGAGCCUACCAGUGCCGAAGAGCUAGAAAAGGCGCUCACCCUGACAUCUCUGAUGGACGUUGCGUGAGGAUUUCUUUCUAGUGUGAAAGAAAGAAGUGAAACAGGAAGAGGAAAAACUCAGAAGAAUUUGACUCAAGUAGAAGUGAUGUUUGAGGCGAGCUGACUGGAGAAUAUAUUGUCUGUUCCUGUCAUGUGUGAAUUUUAACUGUUGGUUCAAUGUAAACCAACAACAAAACUUGAUUAUAAUAUAUAUGAUGCAUUGAAAGUAA